CUAAAAUCCCUGACGUCAGAAGGCAGGCAGCCAAUAGAAGGGACAUGCACUAUGGAAGUAACUACAUUGGAAUCAGACUUCAGUGGAAUCACUUUUUAUGGUAAACAAUGCUGUGAAUUGGUUCGUGAGAAAUUUAGAAAGCGUUCUUCAAACAAAUGCAAAACAGCAGUUGAUCCCUGUGAAGUGUGGUGCAGUAAGCCAGUUCAUGUACUGAAAGACUAUUGUGAUGUGAUUAAAAUCUACAUUGUUUGGCCGUUUCUAUUUAAACUUGAGAAUGAAACUGAUUUCAGCGAUUCCUUCUCUUAUGAGCUAAGUUUGGAGAAACUCGGGGAUAUUGAGGUUCUGGAAGACGUGCUUGAUUUGGCUAAGAAAGUUGUGAACAAUCCAUUUUUUAUCAGUGGCAUAUUGAGUAUUGGUACUCGAAUAGAAAAUAGAGUUUUUGAUGUUGGGGCUGCCCUUGCCUGGGUGAAAUGUACAGGCGAGUUCAGUGUUCUACAGAAAUUAGAAGAACUUGGAGAUUACUGUUGGCCUCCUUUAGAAGCUUUCUUUGCUAAAUAUAAACAUUAUAUAACUAAAGUUGCAUUGGAAGACUGCAAUUUAGUUGAAGAGUUUGAAGCUCAGAGUUGUGAAAACUGUAUAAAGAAAAGUGAAUUUAUGAAAAAGAGAGGAAAUUGUGAGUUUUCCAAAGAGAACCUUGAUAUUGCUAUAAGCUCAUACACUAAAGCCAUAGAAUAUUGUCCUGAAAACCAUCUUCUUUACGGUAACCGGGCUCUCUGUUUUCUUCUCACUACACAAUACUGGAGAGCUCUUUUUGAUGGAAAAAUGGCCGCUAUUUUGAAGCCUAAUUGGCCAAAGGGUCAUUAUCGCUUCUGUGAGGCUCUCUCAAUGCUGGGAGAACAUGAAUGGGCCCUGGAAGCUAAUGAGAGAGCCCAGGAACUCUGCAAGAAUAUUCCUGAGCGAGUUAAGGAUCUUAUUCUGCAAAACACAAAGUUAAGGAAGGAAAUGGAAGAAAUUAAAGGUCGGAAAGCAAGUAAACAGAGAACAAAGAAAUCAUUUUUUGAGAAAAGAGAAUAUGGUUCUUCAUGGUCUGAUUUAUUCACAUCUCAAGAAUCAAAAGAAAUGGACAAAGAAAGGAGGAAAAUAAAAGCAGACUCUAAAGACCACAGCUGUCAUCAAAAACACAUUAUCAGGGGGACUACUGAUGCUAUAAGUGCAAAAAAUAAAGACUGUUCUUCAGUGCUUCCAUCAGGAGAGAAUCACCAAAAUAAAGGAAAACUAAAGAACAAAACCAGUGAUUCUGAAAAGACGAGAGAUCAUCUGAGUUUGAAGAUCGAUUCUAAAAACAUCCAGGAUAAACUCUGUAGUGCUAUCCGAAAGGUGGAUUUAACUGUGUUGCCAGAAAUGUUGAAGUCGCUUGUUCAUGAUGGCUAUACAGCCUUGACGGACCAACGUUAUCGCAGUGCUGAACAAUUCUUUUCACACUUAUUGAAUAUUUUGGAUCCUUCAGAGUUAAAGCAGCUGAAUCUUGCUGUUAUUGACUAUGUGGUAGUCAUCUAUGGACAUGCCACUGCUCUCCUUGGAAUAGGACAGCCUGAGGAAUUAGCAAAGGCUGAAGACCAGUUUAACAAAAUAAUUGAGCAGUAUCACAAGGAGAGAUUUAAUGGCUUGGCACAUUACGGAAUUGGAAAAGUAUACCUUAGACAAAACAGAUUUUCAGAUGCUAUACAUCAGUUCUUGAAAUCACAGACAAUGAUUAAUCGUAAAAUUGUACCUGGAAUUUUAACUUGGCCCACAACAUCUGUUGUCAUUGAAGAGACUCGGACUGAGAAAUUACAGUUGAUGUUGGAGAAUUUCAUUGAGGAAUGCAAGUUUCCUCCAGAGCCAGAUGCAGUUUGUUCUUAUCAGCAGUACCAUGGACAUUCGAAAAUUCAAAUCUAUUUUACUGACCCAGACUUCAAGGGUUUUAUACAGAUUACUUGCUGUCAGCAGUGUAAAGUGGAGUUUCACAUCAGCUGUUGGAAAAAGCUGAAAACUACAAUUUACAGUGAUAAAAAUGACAAGGAUUUUCUUCAAGAGUCAUGUUUCACUCCUGAUUGUAGAGGCCUCAUUUCAAAAAUUGUUAUCUUCAGUUCUUCUGGUCUCGUGAAAUGUGUGUUUGAACAAAAAAUCCCCAAAAUUAAGGAUCCACCAAGAGCCAGUGUUAAACAGAAAUGUUCAAGUUCUAGGAAGCUAAAAAUAAAAGAAGAAAAAAAAAUAAAGAGAAAGCAUGUAAGAGAAGAAGCACUGAACUCUGCCAAAGAUAGCGUGGAAGAAAAUAAAAGGGAAGAUAAUACAUCUAAGUAUGAUAGUCAUAAAGGUCAUGUUCAGAGGUUCUUAUUUGCUAGUGAUAGAGUCCUGCAGCAUAUUUUGCAGAAUGUUGAACAGAUAAAAACUGGUAUACAUGACACUUCCAAACUUCUAAGUGAACUACUUUCUUGGUGGGUAAUAAGUGAGGAGGAUUACAGCAUGUGUUCCACAAGUAGCAGUACAUCAAAUGAAGUGAUGGAGCAGCUCAUAAGUCAUUUAAUUCAGAAGAAGAAUAGAGUAAACACAAGAAUUUUUGUCCAUGUGCUGAGUGAGCUUGAAGAAGUGGAUCCCAAAUUACAUGAGUGGAUAAAAGAUCUUAACAGUUUUGGUUUGGAAGCCACAAAGCUCUUUUUCUCUUGUUAUGGAGAUAUUGUUAAAGAGCUUGACCUUAGCUUUAUAACCAUUCUCUGGAAUGAGAAGUAUGGCAGUAAAUUAGGCAAUGUGUUGACCAGCUUUGAAGAUAAUGAAAUACUUAAGUGUUUCUAUGAAGCAUCAUUGAAGGAAACUCGUUGUGUAAUAUGGCUAUUAGAGGAUAAUAGAGAGAAAUUUCCAUCUCUGCAUCAAGCUUUAGAUGAAUUCUUUGAUAAAAUGGAUGUUCCUUGCAUUAUAUUAAAGAAGCAGGAAAAUGAAGAUCUCUCCACUAAUGGUAUCAAAGUUAAAAACAAAAAUAGGAAGAAGAAGACAAAAGAAUCAAGGCCUAUUUUAGUACUAUCUGGUGGGGUUGGUGCAGUAACCCGAGAAGAAGACAGUAUAUUUCCAGAAGAAAAUACAUUAAGUUUUAUGAAUCCUGGUGAGCCUUUCAUAAUUCCAGAAUAUCUUCGUGAUCAAGUGGAAGAAUUUGAAGCUCUGUAUGACAAUGUUUCAGACAGUAACAAUUAUCAGAGACUUUUGGAUAAUAACCCAGACCCAACAUGUAAAAAUUUAUACGACUAUUUCGCUCAGAUCUUGGAGGAACAUGGUCCCAUGGAAAUUGAUAAUAAAUUGUUAGUUGGAGAAUAUGAACAUUUCCCUGCAGAAGCUCGUAAGAUUGUGGAAGAUGCAGGUGGUCUGAAACCUUUCCUUCUGGAAUCCCUUCAUUUUGUUAUGAUGGAUGAUCUUAUUGGCUUGAUGAAGCAUGCAAUUCUGCUUAAGGAAAAUACUGAGACUGAAGAAGAUACUAGAAAUGAAGAGGAAAAUCAAAUAGCCUGUCAAAAUAGUCACGAAAAUUCCAAGAGCAAACUACAGUUAAACCCAGCUGCUAAGGAAUUCAAACCAGUGUCUUAUAUUAAACCUUGUAUACCAAUUUCUACUAAUACUACAGUAGCAAACUGUGAAACUCCAGAUUAUUCAGUCACGGGAUAUUCCUCACAUAUUUCUCAUAUUUCAGUGCAUUCUCUCCCUAGUCAGAGUAUUGAUACCAUAGAAGGACCACUAUCUUUUUCAAAUGAAUUACUGCACUCCUCUAUUUCUGAUAAUCAUGAUAUACCUCUGACUAAGGUUUCUUCGGGUUAUGAAAAUGAAAGAACGUUCUCAAUGAUUUCUCAAAUACCUCCUAUUCCAGAUGUUGCUGGGCAACCUAGUUAUAUAUAUGCUGAUUAUGAAGCUCCUCUUGAUAAAAUAACAAUAUUAGGCAGAGAGUACAUAUCUGGCAAUCAUCUACCAAGUCAAAUACAAACAUACCUGGACGCUCAGUAUGUAUUGGUGAAGUCAGACUACAGCUCUUAUGAAGCUAAUCUUGACCAGGGUAUGAGAAGUAUUAAGGAAGUUAAAUAUGAUCUAUCUGCUGUUAAGAUGGAAUUUGAGAAUAAAAAUACACCUGUAGUGAAAAGCAUUCCACUUACAAGGAUGAUAGCUAUUCAGGUAAAUCAGGAAUUAGCAGACAGGGACACUAAUACCAUGCCUUUUUAUCCAUUUGAAACUCAACAAGGAGAUAUUUUACGUAUGGAAAAAGAGCAUCAGGUAUUACACGAGCAACUUAAGGAAGCAAAGGAAAAAUACGAACAGUUACAGUGCCGAAGCUCAGAAGAGACGAGUGUUUUAGAAGAGCAGUUAAAAAAAAGAGUUGAAGAAAAUAAGAUUACACAAAGAGAGCUGGAUUGGUUUCACCAAGAUUUAGAAAUGGAAGUUAAGAAAUGGCAACAAGAAAAAAAAGAAAACCAAGAGAAAUUAAAAGCAACAAAGAAUACAUCCAAAAAACUUGCAGAUACUAAUGAGAUGUACUUGAGGAACAUCGAUGAGAAGGACAAGCAAUAUACAGUGUAUUUGGGUAAAUUCCUGGAGAUCAGUAAUAAAUUUGCCAAUGAAAAAGUACAACUGGAGGAGCUAAUAAAAAAGAGCAAAGAUAAUUACCAGGAGUGUAUUAAAAGAGCUGUUGCAGCAGAGGUGUCAGUACUUGAAAGUUGGAAGAACACUGAAGUAUGCAAAUUACACAGCAUAGCUGCAAAUGCAGAAGCAAAUCUUAAAUUCCUAAAGUUAAUGAGCAGUGGUCCCACUUCAGUGUUACCUCAGUUGAAGUCACAGAUUGAUUCUUGGGAAACAUUUAUUUCAAAUAUCAAGAAAGAAAUGGAAAAAGUAGAAUCUCAGUAUGAAGAGAGAAUUCACUUAGUGAAAAAUGGUGCACAGCUAAAUGAUCUCUCUAAAGUGAAAGCUGCUGAUCUUCAGUCCCCUCCUAACAUCUCAGUAAUGCAAGGCAGUCCUCCUAUUAAUGAUCCAGCCAUCAUAAUGUAUUCAUCUCCACUUGUACGUCCCACUUUACUUCCUGCAUUUUCAAGCUCCAAAGAUCAAAGUCCGGUGCAUUCCACACUUAAUGUGCAAACUGGAAAUAAAACAGCAUGUAAAAGUCCUAAUCCUUGUUCUGCAAAGAAUGGAUCAGUAGAAAUACCCUUUGAAACGUUAGGCGCAUCAUACUCUGAUCAAGUUCGAGUAGCCCAGCCAUCAGGGAUUUCUGGAAGUACUGCUCAGAACAUACAGCCGAACCAAAGACAGCUAAAUGAUCCAGCAUCAGCUACGCAGUUGGGAGCUGUUGGGGUGCCAAACAAGAAGGCACUUUCAAAAGCACUUGAUAAUAUCAUUGAGCGUCUAACGGCUAUAUUUCCACACUAUACAAGUUUUGAUCUUACUAACUUCAUAAAAGAAGUACAAAUUAAAAAUGGAAACAAACUUUCAGGAUUGAGCUCAGAUGAAAUCCUUACCCGAGUGACAGAACUCAUUCUGGACCAUCAAAAUAAGAAAAAGGCUCCGACCUCAGCAAAGAGAACCGAAAAGCCAGCAUCCUGCGCUGUAACUCAGACUCUGAAAGUAGCCAAGUCUGCUGUGGGAAAUGUGUCUAGCCUAUCCAAGGCAAGGCCGUCCUAUAAAACUGUUGCAAACAAAACAACUCAGCCAUCACAGCCAACCCACCAGCCGUGGAGACUUGUUGGAGGACCAUCACAAUCAAAAUGGAUAAAAUCAAAUGAUUCUACUACAUCUGAUGAUGACCCCUGCAUAAUAUGCCAUGAAGAGCUAAGCCAGGAAGAUAUGUGUGUGCUAGAAUGUGGACACAGUUUUCACAGACGGUGUAUUGGAACCUGGCUUAAAACACAAAGUACGUGCCCAACAUGUCGAGUUCAUGCUCUAUUACCUGAAGAUUUCCCUAAGCUUCCUGGACGAAACCGACAUGCUUAAAUUUUGCCUUAUUAAUAUUCAGAUUAGCAAGAAGAUGCAAUUCAUAUUAGUAGCUGCAAAUAAAUAAUCUUGGUAACAAAUGUGUAUGUGUAAUGUGCUGCCUAGAAACAUAAGCGAAAUCCUGGCUCUGUUGAAGUCAAUGAAGCCAGAAUUUCACUGAGUGUUCUAGGUCAUGAGAAAUAAAUAUUAUCAUUUUUAUUCCAAUUAAAAUUUAGAAGAAAAAAAAUCAAACCAGUUAAUUUUUAAUACUGAAAAUGCUGGCUUUUUUCCUGAUUACUGGCCAAAUGGAUGUGUAUAUUAACACACCAUAGGCUAUCUUGAAGAGGAUUUUAUGUAUUAUCCAGUUCGUAUAUUUAAACUGAACAAAAUGUAUAUCCCAAAUGUAUCGGGGUAAAACAUGGGGUAUUUUUUUAUUUUAAAGGGAUACCUAAGCCACGUAGGCCACCAAAUAGACCUUCCUCUAGGGAAGGCCUAUGUGCUUCAUCCCUGGAAGAUGAAGAGUGAUCUCUCUUGAGAAUUCAAGCAAAAGGUUAGAUAAUUACAUAAACAGCUACUAAGGAACAUAAUUUUGGGGACCUAAAUACUGUCCUUUUUUUUGAAAGUUCUCUACCUUUAAAAGGUCCGAUCAGAUACUAUUUGACUCCAAAUUUAGCAUUUGUAAAAAUUUGUCAAUUAAAAAAAAAGACUUCAGCUGAUGUUUACAUGAAAAAGAAAUCAAAAUUCCAAUUAGCUCAUUUAAUUAACAUUCUCCUGCAAAGUUGGACCACAAACAUUACCGUGUUGCUUCAGUGUAAAAAAUAAAUACUAACUUUUUCUCAGCUUGGUCAGUCAAAAUAAAUUAAACUGCUUAAAUAAUGAAAAGUAGGAUCUUUUAAAACUUCAGUUUUAAUUAGCUGUGCUGUUUGUAAGUUUUUUUUAAAUGAUUUUUUUUUAAAUAAGAUUAAAAUCUAUACAUUUCCUAAUCACAAAGUAGUGAUUGUAGUUAAAGGCUUCAAAUCACAACUUGUUCAGAAUCCAUAUCAUAACUGUUGGGUUUUUCCCCUACAGAUAAUGUUUCCAUACUAAUACUGUUUUUGUAUAAACCACAACUUUAAGUAUUUUGAAUUAGACUAGAUUAUUUUAUAUUUUGAAUAACCACUAUUAUGUGUUAACAUUUUCUGAUUGUAGACCUCCAAGCGAAUGAUUUAUUCACUUUUAUCAUGUUUAUUUUUACUCUAACUCACUACAUGGUUUAAACCUUCUACUGCUACAUGCAGUUUCUGAUUUUUUUUUAAAGUGAUGUAAGAACUUGCAUUUUCCUCUAACUGUAAAUGUUAUUUUUUGAAGAUGAAUCAAGUAUCAUCAUUAGUAUUUAAAUUGAAAUUGUAUUCUGUGCAUGGACACUGGCUUAUCUCUUGUUCUCAGAUAUGGGUAAAUGCAUCUGGAAAAUUAGAUUUGUUACAUUACUUUUUAUUGAACCAGUCUAAAAUGUUUAUCUGAACUAAGCUUAGUGUUGGUCUUUUUGAAUUGUCCCCUCAGUCACAACAGCGUGCUUGCAAUUGGGGCAUUUUUUAAAACAUCUGCUCAGAACUGCCUCUACUGGCCUAAUAUUUUGCAUUAGUCUUGUAGCAUUUUCUUCAAGUUUUGAAGAUCAAUACUGGUUAAGAGUUAAGAUCUGUUAAUUGCUGAGUUACUUGUCAUAGCAACCUGAAGACCAAAACUAGGUUACGUACCACUAAACAUUUCAGACUCUGAAAAUGUCAAGAGUAUUAAAGUUGACUGGUUACAUGAAAUAAAGUGUCUAAUGUAACAUAAUCCUCCCACACACAGCCUAUUUAUACUUCUUUUGAAGUUUUUUGUUAAAUCUACCUAGUAAUCAAUUUAGUAUGUUUAAUGUUAAUUUGAGGCUUGUGAUCAAGUAAAAUUAUUUCU